AUGAUUUCAAGGAUUGUCGUCGUCGCUCUUUUGAUGGCAUUGGUUGCCACCGUUUUGGCAUCACCAUACAGCAAAGAAGCAGAUAACCUCACUCAUAUAAUACCAGCUUUGGUAGGAGAAAGGAUGCUUGGGCGACAUGCUGCGCUCCUCAAAUACCGUGCUGGAGCGAAAGGGGAGAUGAUGGGUAGCUUGAGUACCUACGUAGCGUUGGUGCACUUAGCUAUUCGGGGCAACUGGCAAAGCAUCUACGAGUCAAACGCCAAUUGUUCGGAGGUCGACCGUGGUGGGGCUACAUGGGAAGUAACAACUUCGGAUACAGCGACAGCAGUAGCUUUAGUUGGAGUGUCAAUCAGUGGGGUUCUUCUAAUCAAUGGGGCAACAAUUUUGGUGGAGGAUUCCCGAUGUUUGGAUGAAUGCAACGAUGUGGAUGUUGAGCAAUUCACAACUAAACUGUGA